AUGAAUCAGACCCGGAGUCCAGCUGCAUCUCUGAAUGCGCUCUUGAACGCACCGCCCCACCAAGUCCGAGCAACGCUCCUCGCCCUCUGCGGCGACAGGUCCAUCCUCAAAAAGGCUCUGAAAUACAAGGCUACGCUCCAGUCGCAGCCUGCCAUACUACAACCGUGGAUCUGCGUACGGUGCAAGGCUGCAUUCGAUGCGAAUAACAAUCCUGAGAAUGCCUGCCGGUUUCAUCCAUCUGAUCACAGCUCUGAGGUCUGGGCUGAUACAGACGAUUGGAUGUUUGAAGGGCUUAGCGAAGACGAGGGUAUGUUAGAAGAGAAACCUGAAGGGUACUCAUGGGGCUGCUGUGGCGGUCACUAUGACAGUAAGCCAUGCGCGGUUGGGAAGCAUAGCGCGUACUCGGAAUACGUUCUCCAGAAUGCAAGCGAGCAAGGGGUCGUCUCCAUUUCUGGCGAUGAGCAUGCAUCAGAGGGCGAUCUGAAAGAUCUAGAACAGUCCGAUGAGGAUGGCGAUAGCGACGGCGGUAGCGAGCCUCCAAGCAAGAAGCGCAAGGCAUAG